GCAUUGUUCGCCGACUCUACGCCACGCUGCAGCGCAAGAACCAAGAAAUUGCACAGCUUGAGACGGAGGCCGCUGGCAGCAAGAAGAUCAAAGGGCCAGGAGCCGGGCGUUCAACGUCGCUCCCUGGGCAACCGAAGCGCCGCUUGCAGUCCCCUCGUGGCGACUCGCAAACUCUGCCGGGAGCUGUCGAAAGCCAGUCGAAGGACUCGCUGGUUGCGCCCAGGAGUCCUCGCGACAGUUGUGCCUCGGGAACCUUGUUUUCGCCUCGCAGGGCCAAGGAAGGCGGCCAGUACCAAAGCUUCAAAGCGAUGCAGGAGCAGCAGCAAGCCGAGUAUUUAAAGUUCCUGCAGGAGCGAGCGGGCUGCCGUCCAGAGGAGGGUAGCCCUCGCGGGUCGACGUCUCCGCGUGACUCCGCCCGGAUGCCUCAGGUGUUUCGUCGCCUCACCGCCCCCGCUACACCGCCUUCCGACCAGAUGGCGCGCAUCGCCGUCGCCCACAUGGGAGCAAACAAGGCGCAGGUGUCUUUCGGAGGUGCACUUGCCGAGAGUUCGGAUGCUUCCCAGUAUCUGGACGCGCUGCUUGAGGCACACCACUCGGAAGUUGCAGCACGUGCGGAGGAUCUCACAACCUACAUCAAGCAAUCGCCGCGGGUCUCCGAGGAGAAAGCACGGGAGAUUUUCGACCGGUUGUACAAGAACGGCAAGGAUGCUCGUGUGAGACGGCGCGUCUACGCAGAACUCGGCCUCCUCGUAGAGCAGGCCAAGGAAGCGCAGCUGUGCACCUUCGAGCCGCGGCUGCCUCUGGCGAAGUACCCGGACGGUUUCCAACCGCAAGAGUCGGUCAACGAACGCCUCUACCGCGACAGUUUCGAGAGGCGCCGCCGUCGACAGGAAGCGAAGCAGUCGGUCCCGCUGCCCUCCUUCCGGCCGAAUGCGUCCAUCAACAGCACGACAAGUCGGCGCAGUGAAGGCGGCAUGUCACCAAGGGACACCGUGUGCUCGGAAGGCUUGGGCUUUGACGACGGUCGACUGACCACGGAGGGAUCCUCGCGGCGGCAGAACAGCCCAACUCAUGAUCGGCUUUAUCGAGAACAUGCUGAUCGAAAGGCCCGGCAAGCACAUCGGCAGGAUGCCAUGGCGGACUGGAGGAAGCACACAUUCAAGCCGGACAUCUCAAUGAGUCAGGCGACCGGCCCACAAAUUGCUCGAUCCGGGAACUUCCUCGACCAGCUGGAGACUGGCCGUUCCGAUGAGGAUGGGGGCGAUCUACAGACCUUCACGAUCUCUGGCAGACCUACUGUCCCUAUUCGAACCAGCACGCAUCCGGCCUUUGAUCAGGAGCUCUCCGACGAGGAGGACUACAAAGUCAUGCAGGACUCUAACUUCGAGAGCCCGAGCAAGGACAUGUCCAGCAUCGAGGCCACCAGCCCGAUCGAGCAGGCGUCGAGCUACAAGCUGCACCCCGCCGCGGCUGCCCAGCAGGCUGCCAAAGAGGAGGACCACUAUGACUACGAGCAGCCAGCUCUGUCGGCAGAUCCGGAGCUGCCUGAAACGCAAGACAUCGGCCAGCCCCAGGAAGCAGAGGAGCCACCGGCAGCCGCAGCUGCGGAUGUGGAUGUUGCCGCCUCAUCGGAAAGCAGAGCGCAGCCAGCGGAAGAGGAAACCUACGACAUGCCGGCCGCGGACAAGCUCUCUGAGGUGUGCAAGGAUCUGAGAGCCGAAGCAGAGAAGACGGACGCAGCUGCUUCCGCCACUGCAGCGCAGCCUGUGGAGAUGGACUAUCGGACACCGGACAUGUACUUGAACCCACAGGGCCCAGAGCACCCGUCGGGGCAAGCCUCACGCCAGACCUCGCGCGGGGACUUGCAGCCGGUGCGGCGGCAGUGGGUUCAGACCCAGCCGCAAUUGCCGAGCACUGCAGCUGCAGCAGCUGCUGCGGCCACUGCUGUGCGACAGACUUCUCCUGACAUGAAGACUUCCCCGGAGCUGCCUGUCUCGGUGUCUCGUCAGGACUCGGCAUACUCCGCGAGCGGCUACAGCCAGUCGAAUUCUCCUUCUGUGCCCUACCGGCAUUUUUCCGGGCGCAUCCUGACUCCACGAGAAUCGUCAGGCAACAUAUCCGUGGUGUCGAAUGGCAGGCCCGGCACCUUCAGCCCGCGCACGGCCUUCAUCGCGGCAGGUCAGCCACCUGCUUCAAUUCCAGUGUCUCAGCCGCCGGGCUUCGUCGCGUCCCAGCCGCAAGUGCAACCAGGCGUCGUCUUCGCGGCCUGGCCUGCUGGCAGCACGCAAGUGCAGGAUGCUGCUCCGCAAGUGGCGUCUCCCGGGCUGCCAGUGCAGAGCCCUCGAGGAGUCGUCUCGCCAGGCCUCCCGGCGCGGCUACCGGCCAACAGGUACAUCCCUCAGCCGCAGCAGGUGAUAACACCGAUUCCGUUUCAAGCGCAGCAACCACAUCAUCCUACUAUGCAGUUUUCCCCGCGCGGAAUGUGGCAGGUCCCCACCAUGCCUCAGGUCCUCCGUUGA